CUUCCGGAAAAAGUAGUUUCCGUUUCCGGAAUUUGUGAGCCUCAGCUGAAGAAACAAAUUGAGGUGUGUCCACUGAAACAUCAAGCAACAGUAUGUCUAAGCCACAGCCAAUGUCAGAUACCUCUCAUACAAUACUUCUAAGACAUCCUUUGCCCAAAUAUAGCUUCAAAGGAAAGAAACUACCCAAAGAAACCCAAUCAGAAGCAAUCUUCUCGCAAUCACUGGAGUACACAGGUAGCCAGUCAGCAGCUGCCACAGGGCUUUCAGGGAAUGCUGGUUUUCUUUCUGUGGCAGCCAGUCAGCCGUUGGGGGGACAACUGAGCAUCACCUGUGGCAACAAGUCUGUUGCCAAACUGCAAGCACUCAGGGCAUUGGGUACAAUCAGAGCUGUCCACCCAGCUUCUAUGCUCAUGGAACAGCCUGUGGGUGAAAUAGGCAGGACCACAAAACCAACAGCUACUGUGGCAGCCAGAAUGCUUAAAAAGGAGAACAAGGGAGAAGACAACCUUAUGAAGGGUGACAGAAAGCAGGGUGUAACAUCACCUUCAAGUUGCUGGCUUGCUCCUCAGACACUGCCUGUACAGCAGUUAGAGGUACCAAACUUCAUCACAACACACUUUCUACCUGGAAGUCCAGACAUACAACGGUGCCAUGGUUCAUCUUCACAGGAUAACCACAGCCAAGGAGAUGAAACGGCCAUUGUGCAGGCUGUUACCAGCCACCAGAGACCUGCUGGGAUGCAGCUGGUGAGACCUUUGAUGGUGGAUGUUGGGCAAGGCUGUGAGGACAGGCUUGCAGCAGCAAGAAUUCUGUUUGCUUCUGAGGUUGCUGUCGAUAGUACAGGAACAAUUGAUGGAAAUUAUGUCCCUUUUCCUGAGCCAGGACUACUAGCAUGUGCAGCUCAAGCUCCAACUGAAGCAAACAAGUUACAGAAAGCCCAAGAGGAAGUAGAGAAACUCAAAUCACAGCUGGAGGUGCAGCUGCAGGUCAACUCAGAGCUAAAGCGCCUCCUAGUGGCAUCCGUUGGGGAGGAUUUUGAACGUCGCAUAGAAAAUCUUGCAAGAGACCGAGCUGAGCUGGCAAUGGAACUUGGUGACUAUACCAAAAAGAUGACAGAGGAUUAUGAGCACUUAGAUCAGAUAGCCAUUCAAGCUGACAUGUGGCGCAGCAAGUAUCUCGCUAGCAGGGUGAUGGUUGAAGAGCUAGCCUCAGCACGAGCGUUCUACAGUGUGCAGUACCAGGAUUCCCAGCAGGCAAUGCAGCAGUUACUCAAUGAGCGUUUUGAGCUGCGUGCAGAUCUUCUACAGGCAUACAAGUGUCUCCAGCAGGUGAAAGAAGCAUUUGACCCACUCAAUGCCCAUCGAUCAAUUGGCCUGACCUCUACUAAUGUUCUUGACAUUGCCAAAAAUGUGAAACAACUCUCUGAGGCUGUUCGGUUCCGCCUGCUUCCAUCAAAUAUCUGUUCCACUGUGAUAUUGCCGUUGGAGGAGUCCUUUGAAAGCACAGUAACAAAGGCAGAAAUAUUUGCUUAUGAGCUGCUGUCCAAGCAGGCCAACCCACCUGCUAUGAAACAUUUGCUGCCUCCUGGCCUGCUGGCUUCACCCAGAUCUUGUGAGAGGUUUCACCCCCAAGCUCGCCAUGAGAACCUGACCUUACACUGCUGUCCAAAGUGCAAAGGAGAAAUCAGUGUUGUGUGAUGAUGCCAUGUGCUGUUUGACUUUUACAAGAUGGCUUUUUGUGAAAGACCAGCUGUGGAAUACAUUUGAGACAGGUUUGCAAUUGACAGAUCAAUAUACAGGUUUGGUGAUGUUGACUAGCUUGGUGUUGUCCUAUUCCUAUUUCAAAAUUUGAUCAGAGACCAUCUUUGAUGUUUGUGCACAUGUGAACAGUGUAAAGGUUAGAAAACAUGAAAGCUUGUUACCAUGAAGUUAUGACUGAUAUUGUUUUUUAUAUUGAUUUUCUUCGUCCCUACUGUUCUUAGCUUCCUGCUUUGGUAGAGGAAUGUAUGACAGAGCUCAGUAUAACAGCUUUUCGGCAUAAAAUAAUUUUUCAGGAUUAUAACCCUUGCAGCUAAAUUGUUGAGUUCAGAAGUAUUAGUGACUACCUGUGCUUUACAUUGACUGUAACGACAUGGAUCUGAACUUUGGCCGAAAUGUUAGAACAUUUUGAAUAGAGAGGUAUUUGUGCACAGCAACAGCUGGUUUCCUAAAUAACUGUUUUAAAUGAACAGGUUUGGCUAAGCAGAUUGUUUGAGGGUGAAUAUUUUUAUUAACAGCCAACACAUUCUCUGUGGUAAUGCCCUGUGCCACAAUCUUGUGAGAAAAAAAUGUACAAUGUGUUUGGACAGAAAACUCCCUGUCACAGAAUACCCAAAUCCAUGUUACAAUAGUCUCAGUUUUCUUUUUCAAACUCUCUCUUCAACUUUGUUUCACAAAGACUAUUAGGCUAUUGGAACUUUUAUGUUAAACAGACAGGCCCUUGUGUGGUUGGUUAUUUCUGACACUGUCGGCUACAAAGGUUCAGCUAGGCUGUAGAUCACAUACAUGCUGAUGGCGUUCAUCCUAUUUUCAACACUGGUAGCUACACUAACAUUGCUCAUAGUCAGCUCCUUGCUUUUGAGACCAACUGUGGGGUUUUUUUUUUUUGGUACAGCGCUUUAAGCUUGGCUUUGAUGGUGGGGUAAAGUGCUAUAUCAAUCAACUUCAUUAUUUUUAUUGUAUGUAAAUUUCAAUCAAUGAAAAUUAUAGCUAAUCGAUAAAAAAUCUAACUGAACAAUUAAACUGUCCUCCCUCGUUGGAAAAUAGUUCAUAUCUCUCAUUGCAGUGUUUAUAAUUCAAAACUCACAGGUAACAAAAUUGUAUCCCUUAUCUCUUGUUGCUGGUCAGAAAAAUAAUGCACUGGGGGCAGUACAUGUUACUCAUAAGCAAAAUCCUGUUCGGUGUGGUAGAUUUCCAUACAUGUGUAAAGGCAAAGCACCAUUUUCUGACACUGAAGCCUACAGUGAUUUAGCCAGUUUAUUCAUUUUGACCUCUACCUUCAACUCUCCAUCUUGCACAGCUUACCACACAUGUAUGGACAAGGUUCUAUGAAGUGAAAUAAUUAUUACUUUUUGUGAUCUGAGUUUCUGGUUAUGGUGGACAAUGCUCUAGAUUAUAAUAAAUGAAGUAAACUUUUAAAUAGAGAGUAUGCUGUAAAUUUAUGGAUGGUUUGCUUUAAGGUAAUGUGGUCAAGUGUUAUGGAUGGUCAUUUGAAGUAAGUUGUAAUGGUAUACAUAAAGCUGCACACAGCUGUUACCUUUGAAAAUGUACAAAGAAAUUGACAUUUAUGUAUAUAAAGAUAAAUUAUAGAUAUACAGUACUUUUAAGUGCUUGCCUUGUGACCUUGUAUGGGUAUGCAGUGAUGUCCAUAAGCCAGGCUCAUGGUGGUGUUGGUACGCGUUUACCUCGAAAACGAAAGACAAGUUUUCACCUGAUUAUGGGAAAUAGUAUCUUGUACACAGAUUUAAAGAUAUGAACCAUCACCUGCAGUGGAAAGAACGAAGCAGUCUGGUACAGGGAUGAGCGGAAACAGUAGCAUGUGACAUUGAUUAGGUAAGUCUUGUGAUGUGAUGAGAAGGAAACAGCCUGGUGUAGGUAGCGUUGAGAGGGAAACAAGUCUUGUAUAGUGAUGAGAAGGAAAGACAUUUGUGUGGUGAUGAGGACAAAGGUCCUAGUGAACACCGUCUGAUCAAGCAAAGCGGAGAUCCGAAUGAACGGAGUACAGAUGUACAGAGUACACCUGCUCACAAAAUCGGAGUGAGGAAUCCAGGCGUUUGCAAUGAAGUGCUUCAAAAGACUCAUGCGGAUCUCCUACAGGGAGAAGACGAACGACCUCGUCCGCAACCUCGUCACCUGUUCGAUGGGUCCCCAAAAGCCUCUGCUCGCAAACCAUCAAGCGACAAAAGCUGGCGUGGUUUGGACAUAUCGUCUGACAUAGCACCUUGCGACAUGACACCUUGCCCAAGACAGUUGUCCAGGGUUACGUUGAAGGCGGUCGACACCGAGGCAAACAGAAGAUGGCUGGAUGGCUGGAUGACUAGCAUGAAGGAGAGGACUGGCUGUCCAUGGGGCGCAUGACCGACCCCGCAGUCGUAAGUUCCCCCAAGCUGCGUUCCAUCGUGUUCCCCCGAACCGGGUGCUCCGCUACCAGGGAUGAGAAGAGAAGGUGACAGCCUUGCGUGGUAUUGAGAGACAGUCGUGUGUCAUGGGAAGAGAGGCGGUAAUCUGCCCUUUACCCACACUGGCCUUACCAUGACCUCGAGUGAGCCCUUCCCUUGUUUGCUGCUGUAACCUUGUUUUACGAACAGUUUUUUCAAAUAUAUUUUUCGGUUGAAAGUUAAACUUUAUUUUAAGAAGAUGAAACUUUUUGCUUUUUCACCAGCUUCUUCCUUUGAAAAUGAGGAAACAUUGAGUUCAAUGCGCCUCAUGUCAAUUGUUCUGCGAUCUAAGUAUUGGGGAUGGUAGACGGUGUACAGAUUCUAGCAGUUCAUAAUGCUGUAUUGGAGCAGCGAAAGAUGUUAGAGUGGCAGCUAAGUCCAAGCGCAAAGUGCCAAGCCAUUUCUUUAAAAUCUUUAAAGGCUGUUGGCGAGAACACCUAUUACAGCCUGAUGCACCCACCUGGACCCAGCCAUUAGGACAACAAAGCUGACCCCACUAGACCUUAAGACUGGCAUUGCCAUGGGAGCCAAACAGCUUUAGGGAAGUCAUCUGGGCGAAAUCGGACAAUUGUUUCAUUUUUCUUUUGGCAUUUUUUUUUUAUUAUUUACACCACAACUAAUUUUCUUGAGAUUUUUAAAACGGUUAAAGAAACUGAAAAUAACACUCCUAUGCAGCCCCACACUGCAGACCUAUCCGCGCACCCUCCACCUGUUUAGAAGUCGUGCAGGCCUCCAGCAGUUCAAUCUGUACCUGAGCCAGAUGUUUGCCCAGCCAUGACACCCACCUAACCUGCAAGGAAAGCGGAUGAAGGUCGCAUUGUUGAUGUAAACGGAUAGAGAGACCGUGACAUGAACGACCCGUGUAGGUGUGCUGGGUGGUCUGUCAAUGAGACAAAGCGAACCUUGGCUGCUGGCUGCAAGUGGCGAUGCUGGAGGUUGGUGAGCAGUGCUGUAGCUGCAGCCAUGAGGUGUGUGUGUGAGUCGUAGUCGUUGUCAUACUUCAGAUGUAAGGAGUCGCAUCCCUUUUAGAGAAACUUUGCAAGUUCUUUGUCUCUCUGGCUUUACUUUCUCUCUGCGACGGUUUGAACAUGAAUGAGACUUCCUUUAUAGUACACAGGGUAGAUAGUGUGUACUGUUUAUAGUACACAGAGUAUAUUAUAGUGUGUAGUAUUAUAAUACACGGUGUACACAAUGUACUGUAAAUGUAGUACACAGUACUCAGUGUACUGUUUAGAGUACACAUAGUACUAUUUAGAAUACACAAUGUGUACUGUUUAUAGUACACAAUACAUAGUGUGUAGUAUUUAUAGUACACAGUACUGUUUAGAAUACACAGUGUGUACUGCUUAUAGUACACAGAGUUUACUGUUCCUGGCACACGGAGUACACAGUAUGUACUGUUCGUAGUACACAGAGUACACACUGUGUGCUGUUCCUAGCACAUGGAGUACACAGUGUGUACUGUUCCUAGCACAUGGAGUACACAGUGUGUACUGUUCCUGGCACACCGAGUACACAGUGUGUACUGUUCCUGGUACAUGGAGUACACAGUGUGUACUGUUCCUGGUACACGGAGUACACAGUGUGUACUGUUCCUGGCACACCGAGUACACAGUGUGUACUGGAGCUAACCCUGACGCUGUUGAAUGUAGUGAGUGCAGACGAUGACCCCAGCAAAGUGCUGCAGUGAGUAAUGCCGCCAUUGUCAGUAAGGAAAUGUAGCACUCAACCGGAAGAAACGUUUACAGGCGUCCCACGAAGUGAUAUUGUUGCUUUCUUCCGGUGGACAGACAAGUCGCGAAGUCGUCAGGACGUGAAGACGUGAGGACGCCAUUCACUUAACUAGGUCAGUCGGUAAGCCACUGUCAUGCGCAGUGGGAAGCUGCUCCUCUAUUGGCUGUCUGGCGGGGUCACGACCUUGACGAUGUCGCUACAACUGCUAGCUCCUUGUUCCCACAUUUGUUUCUCUCUCUUUUUUUAUAUACAGAUUGACAACAAGUAUAUUUGUUUCUCUUUUGAUGCAAGUCAUAAUUCGCAGAUGUGCUUUCUUAGAUUGCACUCAAAUGCUUUUGCUUCACGCCAUUGAGUUUACUCGGCCAUUGCAAGAGAGUGAUAUCCCUUAGACUCGAGGCUGACUCCGCUCACUCUCUUUUCAUACUUGUCAGUUGAUCUCUUUUAUGUCUAAUGUCCAUCAGUACGUCUGUUACGAUAUCUGCUACGUUCGUGAAUAGAUUUCUGUGUCUGCGCCACAGUUCAUCUUUUCCUGUGACAUUGUUUGUACUGUCACAUCAGCGCCAUCUUGUCAUGACGUAGAUGUGACAUUGUUUGUACUGUCAAAUCAGCGUCAUCUUGUCAUGACGUAGAUGUGACAUUGUUUGUACUGUCACAUCAGCGCCAUCUUGUCAUGACGUAGAUGUGAGAUUGUGUAUCUGUAUGUCGACUUCAACCUCUGAUCACCAGCUGUCGUAUACACUCCAUGCUCUGAUGGAGGUGUGACAGCGAGCUUUGUGUGAGUACACACCUGUCUGUAAUGAAGACAUCAGGUAUCUACAGGAAGCUCAGUGAACCAUGUCGCUCACACUCACCUGUCUGCUGCUGAACGUGUGUUUGAGGUCUUUGUUCUGACUACUACGUACUUAUGUCUUAUGUCUCCACUUCCCGUCACCUGACUGUUGUACUUAUGUCUUAUGUCUUAUGUCUCCACUUCCCGUCACCUGACUGCUGUACUUAUGUCGUUCUUACAACUAGUAGCUGGUAAGCUUCCUACAUUCACGAGUGACAAGAGGCUAAAGACAGACAAAAGUCAUGUCAGACAAAUCAGUAACAAAGCAUGGUGCCUGUUACCAAUCUCAAAUGUCUUGAGUCCACCUUUAAAGGUGGGAAAGGGCUUCAUAAAUAAAUAUACUAACUAUUAUUACAGAAAUAAUGGUCGGAUUUUCAUUUUGCCGAAAUUGGUAAAUACUGUCUAAUGUUUCAGAUUUGGUUGUGAUUUGUGAUUUGGUUGUGUUUGAAGGAAUAUUAAUUUAAUCUUGGAACUGUAUGGAGAGGGAGAGGAAUGAACGCACGAAAUAAAACUGGGUUGAUGAUACCACUGA